CUAUAAUUAUCAAACAAAGAAGUGACUCAAUAUCUUCAUGACAUUCUACCAACUGAAUGUUUCUUCCCUUACGCUCUCUAAGAUUUUCUACGUUCUCUAAUCCUUAUAUUCAUUUGCUCACAGUUCGAAAGUUUACUACGAAUAAUUUUACAAAAAUGGAUCAAUUGAAAGUUCACAACUCUUUAAAGCCUGGUGGUCCAGUCCCAUUUGUACCUAUUGAGAAAGGAAAGGUUUCUUGGUAUGUCUGCGGACCAACAGUAUAUGAUCACUCGCACUUGGGACAUGCUAGGAACUAUGUUUCUACUGAUAUUAUACGAAGAAUCAUGAAAGAUUAUUUUGGUUUUGAUCUGAAUUUUGUUAUGAACAUUACAGAUGUCGAUGACAAGAUUAUCUUGAAAGCCCGAAGACAAAAGCUACUGGAGCUUGAAAAGUCGAAAACAUAUACCGAACCGGAGCUCGCAAAAUUAGCCGCAGAAGCCUUCCAAUCCUACGCAACAUCAAACCUCCCGGAACUGCUGAAAGAUGGCACUCAACUUACACCUAACAAUUAUGCAGAAAGAAGAGAUAUUGCAUAUGGAAAAGUAUUGGCGGGCGGAACAUUGACAGGCGAAGGAAAACCAGGAGAUGCGGAAGCGAAGAUAAAGAUGCAUAUAAGCAAUCUUUCUUCUGCGGCGCAAGCCAUCCAACAAGAGAAGAUUUUCGGUGGAGCAGAUGAGAUUCUUCUUCCAUAUCUCGAUUCUUUGUAUAAGGAUUCGAUCGACGCGAAAGACCAUACCAUUUUCACCAAUGUCACUCAAUACUGGGAAGAUCAAUUCAUGGAAGACAUGGACGCACUAAAUGUCAUGCGACCAGAUGUUAUCACACGAGUUACCACCUAUGUACCAAAGAUCGCAACCUUCGUAAAGAAAAUUAUUGACAAGGGCUUUGCUUAUGAAUCAGACGGAUCGGUUUACUUCGAUAUUGCAGCAUUCGAGAAAGCUGGUAAUCCUUAUGCGCGACUACGACCAGAAAGUAGAAACGACAAAGCCUUGCAAGAAGAAGGUGAAGGGUCACUAUCGAAGAAUUUGGGUGGUAAGCGAGGGGCAGGAGAUUUUGCACUCUGGAAGAAAUCCAAAGCAGGAGAACCAAGCUGGCCAAGUCCCUGGGGUGAAGGCAGACCUGGAUGGCAUAUUGAGUGCUCCGUCAUGGCUUCCGAUGUUUUAGGGUCAAAGAUGGAUAUACACUCCGGUGGUAUUGAUCUCGCGUUUCCUCAUCACGACAAUGAAUUGGCACAAAGUGAGGCAUAUUUCUGCGAGCAUGAGCAUGGCCCACAUGAGUGGGUAAACUACUUCUUGCACAUGGGGCAUCUUUCUAUUGCAGGGUCAAAGAUGUCGAAGUCAUUGAAGAAUUUCCAGACCAUUCGAGAUGCACUAGCUACUGAUUAUACUCCAAGGUCAAUGAGAAUAGUAUUUCUGAUGGGAAGAUGGAAUGAUGGUGUUGAGAUUUCGCCAGAUAUGAGACUGAUGGCCGACGCAUGGGAAGCGACCGUUAACAACUUCUUCGUCAAUGUCAAAUCCCACAUCAUUGAGGGUGGAAAUUCGACAUCCGUCGAGGACUUUAAAUCUCUUUCGAUCCAUCCAGAAUUGCAAGCAGCCUUGGACAAGGCACAGACAGAUCUUCAGACCGCUCUCACAGAAUCCUUUGAUACACCAAGAGCCAUGCUUAUUUUGCAAGAGCUAAUCAAGGAAUCGAAUGUCCACAUUGGCUCUCACAAAUCUGAUCUUGACAUCCAGGGACUAGAGAAAGUUGCUCGAUGGAUUACAAAGAUACUUGGCAUCUUCGGUCUCGAUGCAAAUGCAAAAGCACCAUACGAUGGACUUGGUUGGGCUAGCGCUUCUGUUGAUAGUAAUCAUACCCCUGAACAGAUUGUGGCACCUUAUGCCAACGUCUUCAGACAAGUCAAAGACGAAAUUGAGGGUUUGUCGUUACACACUGAGACACUUGACAAAUUGCUCGCCACGGAUGUUGACAGCGAAUUUUCAUUGCUUGUAUCCUCGGGAACAAAAGAUCAGGAAGCUCUCGCUCUCCCAUACAUUCGGGCCGUUGCGAGGACUAGAGAUGAGCUGAGGCGAGUAGCACCAACCUCUGAACAUAAAAAACAUAUCCUGGCAUUAUCUGAUCGAAUUCGGGACAACGAUCUCACGAAUCUCGGUGUUUAUUUGGAUGAUAGACCAGACGAACAAGGUUCGCUUAUCAAGUUCAUUCCAAAAGAAGAACUUUUAGCACAAAAAGAGGAGAAGGCCGCUAAGGAAAGAGAGAAGGCAGCACAAAAAGAAGCCGCCAAACUUGCGAGAGAGAAGUUGGAACAAGAAAGGAUCGAAAAAGCAAAACUCAGUCCAGUGGAUAUGUUCAAGGAUGAUAGAUUUAGUGCAUGGGAUGUUGAUGGUAUGCCGACGAAGACGAAAGACGGGGAAGAUGUACCCAAAAGUGCAUUGAAAAAAUUGAAGAAGGAUUGGGACAGACAGAAGAAAGCUCAUGAGGACUGGAAAGCUAAGGCGCAGUCAUGA